UUAUAUUGAACCUUUAAAUUCUUUCAAAGAUAGACGAGAAAUUGUAAAGGACCGUGUUUUUAUGCAAAGGCGCGUAUGUUUCUGUGGGUGGCUGUGCUCAAUUUGGCAUUUGAAACAUGAAGUAUUCCAAAGGCGACAAGGUUUUAGCAAAGUGGCCAGGUUCCAAUCUCUAUUACAAGGGUGUCGUUCUUGAUUCUGGAAAUAAAGAAUAUAAAGUGAAAUUUGAAGAAGGUUCUGAAUAUGUUGUGGAUCAGAAAUUUGUCAAGCAAAGGGCUGAAAGUGGUCAGAGCCCUAGGACAAAGAAAUCUCCAAGCAGGGUCCAGCGUCCAGAAUCUUCACCGCCUGCUCUUCAGCGACGUUUGGAUGGGAAUGUGAAACGGAAAGCUUCUCCAGCACGGAAAGCAUCUCCAGCACGCAAGGCAUCGCCUAGUCGCAAGGCUCCUCCCUCUCCUGCUCGGAAAGCUUCACCUGGUCGCAAGAAAUCUCCUUCUCGAACUGGCAAGACUACUGAAAAACAAAAAUCUCCUUCUAAAUCUCCUGAAAAGUCAGUCAUUGGACAAAUCAAUGACAAAGUUCUGAAAGUUGUUCUAGAUGAUGAGGUGAGGAAGAGUAUUGAAAGAGCCAACACUGCCAUUAGACAGAGUGUGGAACGAGCCAAUUCAGCUGUAAAAUCCUUAACAGAGGCAUCAUUGUCCAGCCUUAGCAAGACAUCUUUUUCGAACAUCACUAUGAGGAAGUCUACACGAAUACUCUCUUUAAAAGCGAGUGAUAUCCAGAAGGAUUCUACUCCCACCCCUGAAACAGAACGUGUGUUGCGGUCAAGACGAGAAAUAACACCUCUUGGAAUCAUCAAGUCUACGGUAUUGGAAGACAUCAGGGAAUUCGGGGAGAAGGCACCUGAAACAGCAGUGAAAAAGUAUCGUGAAUUUGGUGGCUGGCUGGGAGCACUUAUCUGGCUCAUUCUCAUUCCUCCUCUUAUUAUAGCCCUUCUUUUGUAUUCACGAGAGGUGCGAGGAGGUCCUGUUUUGUUGAAGGCGAUUAGAAACUGGCAGACGUUUGUGGAUCUAGAAGCAUCUGGAAUUGGAUUAGGCUUUCUGCUUCUUCAGUUCAUUUUAGCUACACUUCCAAUUGGGCGUGUGGUUGAAGGACUGCCUGACAAACAAGGCCGCUUGCGUUAUCGGUGCAAUGCAUUCUGGAACUGCCUAUUAACUCUGGCAGCAGUUGCUGGGCUUCACUAUCUGGACUAUCCUGUUACAAAGAUCUUGGAUAAACUGGUGCCCCUGUUCGUGACAGCUGCAAUACUUGCAUUACUAGUAGCUGUGGCAUUAUUUGUGAAGGGUGGACGAGCAUCAGUGGUGGCUCUCAAUCCCCAUGGAAAUUCUGGAAUAAAAAUCUACGAUUUUUUCAUUGGACGUGAAAUAAAUCCUCGAUUGGGUCCAUUGGAUGUGAAGACUGCUUAUUUAUAUGCAAUGAUUAUUAGCACUGUGGUGUUAGAUGUGUUGCUUGUGAUAAGAGGCCUGGAGGCUGGUCGUGCUCGCUCACCAACCCUGAUGCUUGCUGUGGGCAUGCAGCUGCUUUAUUACACUGAUUAUCUGUGGCACCAACGUGUUCUCCUGUCCUCAUUUGAAGUGAUGUAUGAAGGCACGGGGGCUAUGUCACUACUAAGCUACACUGUUUGUCCCUUUUUGUCUACCUUAAUCACCCUUCAUGUGCUGGAUCAUAAAGUACAGUUACAUGCAAUAACAUUGGCAGUCCUGUGUUUCAUUCACACAAUUGGUUAUGUGGUGUACCGAGCUAGUAACAAUCAGAAACAUGAGUUUAGGAAAAAUCCUGUGAAUCCUGCAUUGAAUCAUCUAGAAACUAUUGCUACAACUCGUGGUCGUAAACUUCUGGCAAGUGGUUGGUGGGGUUGGGUGCGACAUCCGAACUAUCUGGGAGACGUGUUGAUGAUGUGGACUUGGGGCUGUACUGCUGAAUAUGUUAGAUUCUUGAAGUGUUUUAUCCCAAAAAUUGCAUCAUGUUUAAUAUUUGGAAACAUAAAUAUUUUUAUACAAAAUAAUACAAUCCACAGAGAAAUUAGUUCAACUGAAAUACAUGAAAGAAGAAAUACACGAGGCUCCUCAUUUCAGUCCCAGAUUCUAAAAUAUGGAAUGAAGAGAGAUGACAAAUUUUUGUCAAUAAUUGUUUGGGCAGCAGCAGGUGGUCAUGGAAUGUGCACAGAUCUUAUACAUGUUUUAUGUUUAUUGAUGAAUUUUACAUUGUUUAAAGUGUGCAAAUUAAAUAGUUUUACCAAACCUUUAAGAGUAAAUAAGUUAUGGAGGGACACUAUAAGUUUUCUAAUUGUGGUCAUUGCCUAUCUUCAGUGUGUUCUGUUAGACUGUUUAAACAAGAAAGAUAGAGAGAAACUUUUGAUUUUGGUGGAAAAUAUGCAAUUUGGGCACAAAUGUGAAGUUACUUUGUUUUUCUCAUUUUUUGUUCUUAAUCCCAAUGUAUGUUUUACAUUAUAUCCAAUUCAAAUUUUUUCAGUGAAAUAUAAAAUCAUUCUGAAACCUGUUAUUACAAAACAACAAAAUGGA